GGCGGCCGGCGACCCGGGGGCAUGGCGGCCGCGGCGCUGGGGGCGGCCUGGCGCGCGCUGCGCCCCGCGAGCGGGCUCCUGGGGGCGAGGCCGACGCAGACGGGGGACGCGCGGCGGCGGGCCUCCCUGCUGUCCUUCUGGGGACUCGUGCCCACGAGAGCAGAGCCUCUGCGGAAGAAGAAGAAGGUGGACCCCAAGAAAGACCAGGCAGCGAAGGAGCGCUUGAAAAAGAGGAUCCGGCGACUGGAGAAGGCGACCCAGGAGCUGAUUCCCAUUGAGGAUUUUAUCACCCCGGUCAAGUUCUUGAAUCAAGCGAGGCAGCGGCCGCCAGUGGAGCUCCCCUUUGAGGAGAGCGAACGGAGAGCCCUGCUCCUGAAGAAGUGGUCGCUGUACAAGCAGCGCGAGCACAAGCUGGAGAGGGCCGCCAUCGCAUCCCUGCUCGAGGCCCAGCAGGAAGCUCUGCAGGAGCUGGAGCUCACGGCCCCGGAGCUCCAUGCCGAGGCCACCAAGCGGGACCCGAGUCUGUUUCCUUUCGAGAGACAAGGGCCAGACUACACGCCACCCGUCGCCAACUACCAGCCCCCAGAAGGCAGGUACCAAGACAUCACCAAGGUGUACACACAGGUGGAGUCCAAGAGGUAGAGAUGCGGGUAGCCGCGCUCGGGACACACCCGGCAGAGCUCACCCCCAGGCUCGGCCCGCUGCUCACCGGUCAGGCCUGCUGUGAAUAAACGUGUUGAGCCCCGUG